CCUGCCGCCAUUUUGUCUUCUCAGCCGUCAACUGAAGGCUGCCAUGAGGGUCGCUGUGAUUGGGGCCGGCGUGAUCGGACUGUCCACGGCCAUCUGCAUCUACGACCGCUACCACCUGACCGAUCCGGGGCUGGAGAUGGAGGUGUACGCCGACCGAUUCACACCUCACACCACCAGCGAUGGGGCAGCUGGGCUCUGGCAGCCCUACCGUUACGCCAAGGGGGACGCCCAGGAAAAGCUUUGGAACAAAGAGACUUUUGAUUAUCUGUUGGAGCACAUUAACUCCCCAGAAGCUCAAGAAAUGGGCCUUUUCCUGCUCUCUGGAUACAAUCUCUUUACCCAGCCGGUUCCAGACCCAUCCUGGAAAGAUACGGUCUUGGGCUUUAGGAACUUAACACAGAAAGAGCUUGAACUCUUCCCUGGUUACAGUUACGGCUGGUUCAACACGGCCCCAAUGCUGGAGGGCAGGACCUAUCUACCCUGGCUGACAAGCAGGUUAAAGAUGCGGGGAGUCAAGUUCUUUCAUCGGAAAAUCAGCUCUUUCCAAGAGUUGAUGGCUCAAGGUGUGGAUGUCAUCGUCAACUGCACGGGGGUUCGUGCCGGGGAGCUGCAGCCAGACCCCGAGUUGCGUCCCGGUCGGGGGCAAAUCAUCAAGGUGGAGGCUCCGUGGGUGAAGCAUUUCAUCAUAACCCAUGAUGCUGAGUCGGGCCUCUAUAAUACACCUUACAUCAUACCCGGGAGCCGGCUCGUGACCUUGGGAGGGAUCUUCCAGCUGGGAAACUGGAGUGAAGAGCGCAGCCCCCAGGACCACCGUCACAUUUGGCAGAGCUGCUGCCAGCUGCUGCCCAGCAUCCAGAGAGCCAAGAUUGUGGACGAGUGGAGCGGCCUCCGUCCAGCCCGGCCUAAAGUUCGGCUGGAGCGUGAAGUCAUACGCCACGGACAUUUACAAUCUCAGGUGAUUCAUAACUACGGCCACGGAGGCUUUGGGAUCACCAUCCACUGGGGUUGUGCGAUGGAGGCAGCCAGGUUAUUUGGGAGCAUCCUGGAGGACCAGAAGCUCCCCAAACCACCCCGAGCCCAGCUCUGAUGAUCACCUGGGUAACGACAAUUCAGGAGCCUCUGCUUUCUAAAAAAAAAUCUCUUACGUGGAAAAUUAGCUUUUGUAGAAUCAGGGAAUCCUGUUUACCUGCUGAACACUUAAUAAUUGUCUUAUUGGUGAAACUGAUCUCAGACAAAAUGGAGCGGCCGUUGUUGGGGACGGCAGAGGGUCUGGAAGAGGCCAACUUGGAUGGACUGUCUUCUUGAAAGUCAAUUUGGUGUAACAAUGAAGUGCACGGAUUUGAUUCCCUACUUCUCUACUUGCAGCUGCUGGAAUGGCCUUGGGUUAGCCAUAGCUCUCGUAGGAGUUGUCCUUGAAAGGGCAGCUUCUGGGAGAGCUCUCUCAGUCCCAUCCACCUCACAGGGUGUCUGUUAUGGGGAAGGUAGGGAAAGGAGAUUGUAGGCUGCUCUGAGACUCUGUCCUUGAAAGGGCAGUUUCUGGGAGAGCUCUCUCAGCCCCAUCCACCUCACAGGGUGUCUGUUAUGGGAAAGGAGAUUGUGGGCUGCUCUGAGACUCUGUCCUUGAAAGGGCAGCUUCUGGGAGAGCCCUCUCAGCCCUAUCCACCUUACAAGGGUCUGUUGUGGGGGGAGAUGAUAUAGGAGAUUGUGAGCCGCUCUGAGACUCUGAUUCGGAGAAAAGGGCAGGGUAUAAAUCUGCUGUCUUUUUCUUGAUAGAUGAUUUUGUGGUCUUUUCUGGCAGGGGAGGGGGCUGGUCAUCUUGGGUUUAGAGCAGCCCCCAAAAAUCAAAGGCCAAAAAACCCUCAUUACUGUAAAAACUAUUCAUUUAUUCAACAUAAAAGAUCAACUGUCAAAUC